AUGACACGUGGAAAAGGUCAAUAUCUUGCCCAGCCUUCUGAAGUGGUCAUGGAAAAGCGUCUUCGCUUCUCUGGUCACGUUAUGGGGAGACCGUCUGAUCAUCUUGCCCAAGUUGUCCUGACGAUGCUUCCAAAUCCUAAUUGGAAAAGAACCUCUGGUCGUAAAAGAAAGCUCUGGUCGGAGGUGGUAAAGGAAGAUCUGAGGAGGCUUGGCGUUGACAGACGUUGUGAGCGGAACAUUUGGACGGUAACGUGGAGCUCACGUCCUCUUCCCGGGGAGAAUGGGAUCCUUGGUAACUACUCUCCGCUGAACCGCCGGACACUGUUGUGCUGA